GAGAAGGGUCCUACAUCACCAAUAUCCACCUUGCCUGUUGCUGUCGCAUCGAUCACAGAUCUCGAUUGUCCAUAACAUUAUCUGCGCGCCAGCUUAUACCAAUAGUCCUUUCAACACUCAAAACACAACACUCUGCCUACUCUAUAAUGUCUGAUAACGUUGGUCUCAACACUCCCCGUGGCAGUGGCACCUCGGGCUACGUCCAACGCAACCUUGCUCAGAUCAAGCCUCGCGACUACGGCGCUCCUUAUCCCAAAGACCUCGAUAGCUUGCGACACAAGCAACGGCAGCCAGAUAAGGGGAUCCUGGAGCAUGACCGCAAGCGCGAGGUCGAAGUUAAGGUCUUUGACUUGAGGGACAAGCUUGAAGAAGAAGAGGUCGACGAGGACGAGAUCGAUAGGCGAUGCGACGAGCUCCGACAAAAACUCUUCGCCGAGAUGAAUUCUGGGAGGAGAGGCGGCCAAAGAAAGACAUUCAAGCAACACCAGGUUCACGAGAUGGCUGAUGCCAAGAUUAAGGAGAGCGAACGACUACGGAAAGCAUUGAAGAUCAGCGCAGACUAUGAAGAGGGAGGUCAUUGGAAGCGCCAAGAGAGGCUGCGCAAUGCUUUGGAGAAAGAAGAAGAAGAAAAGGAUGGAGGUGACGAUAGGAAAAGUGAACCAAGAGACUAGGUCGACCACCAAACUCAAAAGAACAUCAACCACUAUGUUAUCGGAACUUGUGUUUUGAGGGGGAACGCAGAGCUUUCGGUAUUUGGGCAAUUGUCAAGCAUCUGGCGGCCUCUCAUGCUUCGCCUGAAUCGGCCAUUCCUCUCGAAGUUCUCCAUCCGUUGAGAACAUCAACAGAGCGGAUAACUAUAGCAUCGGUUCCUGGAUAGUUUUACUGUCGUGUUCCUGUUCAUUUUAAAGCGGCGCAUGGCGUUUAGGUAUUGGGACUGAUCGAACCAAUUUACAUUGUAUAGGGUAGGAUAUUUAACACUGAACACGGGGGUUUGUUCCUUCAAACAACGAGUCAUAAAUUAUUAUUGUUGGGUUCUGUAUUCCAUUGUGUACCUAUUGCAGUGGUUCUGGAGUUUCUUAUUAUGGUCACUUCGCUUUGUCUUGGCCAUGACUCUGCGAAUGAUAAUGGGUACACGAAUAUAAGCUGGUUGAUCUACUCACUUAGGUACUUACCUAGUAGUACAGUCCUUGAUCCGACACAGGUCAAAUGAUGUUCAAAGUCCUCAAACCUAUUAAGUUACGAAAUGUAUAUGAACCCAAUUAUAUCUUUGUAUAGCUUUUAUAUAGAGACUG